CACCGCGGAGCGAUCGAUUUCAGUUUGCUGGGACAUGUCUACCCAAUCGCGUCCGAUAGCGCUGGGCCAGAAUCCGCGAGUAAAUGGAUUGGCUCUUAUCUUCACCAACGACUACCGAGAAGUUGGUGCUAGUAGUACUAGUAGUCAUCUUCCGACACUGAGUGGAGCCCGGGUGGACGGCCAGAAGAUGUGCAAGACCAUGGAACUGCUGAAUUUUGAGACCCACUGGGAGCGAAACGCAACAGCCACAGUCACAAGGAGACUGGUCCGAGAAACGGCGCGCUGCCAGUGUCUGCCCAAUUACAAGAGAGUGGUUUUCAUGUUUUCAGGGCAUGGUACAACAAAACACUGCCUCUAUACACAAGAUGGGAAGCAGGUCAACUUUCAUGACAUCAUGAAGCAGUUUUAUCCUGGUCAAAGUCCCCACCUUGGAGCUAUACCAAAGCUAUUCUUCAUAGAUGCUUGCAGAGGCUCACUGCAAACUCAACCAGUGCUGGUGACGAAAGGCGGUCACGAUGUGUCACUCAAAGUACCUGAACAGAGUAACUUCCUGGUGGCCUACUCUACAAUGCCUGAUCACAGGGCCCAUGAGAGCAAGGAGACAGGUGGUAUCUGGAUGAACAUUCUUGCAGAGAAACUGCGUACAACAGAUGCGUCUGUUCUGGAUGUUCUGACUAAAGUGAAUACUGAGCUGUGCCGUGAAUUCCACACGGACCAAGUGGGCUGCUACCAACAGCCAGAGCUAGUGUCACGUCUCAAUGAAGAGGUCCACUUGCUGAGAGAGGCAAAGGCAGUUAAUGCAUCUGGGAUUUCCAAGAGAUCACCUUCUGCUCUAAAACCACAAUUAUCACGUACUGAUAAAGACAGCAGUGGACCCACCAAAACCUCCCCCAAAGUCAUGAAACAGCGAAAAGCUCUUGUCUCACGGAACACUUCCAAAUACUCCACGUGCAGCACAUCCAAGGAGAAAAUCUCUCUCUACUGCUCAGACAACGAGAAGCCCGAACCGAGGUUUCGACAUCAUUCCGAAGGGCGUAAGUACACAGCAGAGGUGUAUGUGGCGAGGACGUGUGGCUGGGUGGGAGGUGACGCACAACCCAGUGUGUCAGAGGCUGAAGAGAGUGCUGCUGAAGCUCUGGCAAAAAAACUACAGUUGUGUUAGCCAUUUUAAAGACAUUACACAGAGACUUUAUUGUCAGCUCUCGAUCAGAACGAUGUCAUGCAUUUUAUACCCUUAAAAACUGUUAGGUGACAGUAAAACAAUGUUUGAUGCCAGUCAAAAUUCAGAACUGAUACAUUGUCGUAUAUUUUUCUCUGGUGUUGUGAUCUUUCCCAAAGUAUAUUAUAUAGCAUACUAGCCACAGAGAAUAGAAAA